CCACAACGCUAGAUGCCGACUUCUGAGAAAACAGUGCAUGAGCACCUCGCGUCUCUUCCCCGGCUGCACUAUCCCUCUGGCGAGGUCGAAGGUCAUUCUGAAGGUGGCUCCGAGGCACUGCUGAAGAAAGCUUUGCUUCCUUUUUUUCAGAGCUAACUGACUUUGCUCUUGAUAACGGUAAAGCCACUUGAUGUCGGUGCCCGGAUUAAUUUAAAGACGUAGUUGGUAAAUAAGGGCGUGGGUCACAUGAUAGGUACUUUGAGGUCUCUCGCCAGGAACAAACAUGGUCUCCCGCUUCUAGUGGGCCAGUCGCGUCCUGUGGGACCGCGCCACUUCCGGCCGGGCGGGGUGCGGGACUGGUUCAUUCUCCUCCUCCCCGCUGCCGAGGGCAUGGACGGCUUCGUGGAGCAGCCGGCCCCGAGGGAGGAGUGGGGCAGCCUGGCCCCGAGCAUCCACCUGCCCCUGCUCCCGUGCUUGCUCCAUCACCCAGUAACUAGGGGUCCAAAGGAAACAGAAUUUCAGAAAACAAAGGAAGCUUGUUUAAACUACAUUCAAGAUGCCCUGUUGCAGAACCAGUGGCAGAGGGCUGCAGAGUUCAUGAUUAGCUACUUGGAGAUAUUGGAAACAAGUACAGUGAGUAAACGGAAAACUGCUCCAGAGUUACUUUGCCAGGCGAUUUGGAGAAUAGGAACUGAAAUUCUGCUUCAUCAUUCCAAGAGCAACAUAGAAGAGCUCAACUACUUUACCGAGCGGAUGAAAAAUUUAGGAGUAAAAUAUUAUUUAAAGGUUUGUUUAGAACACAUCUUUUAUCUCCUGUGUAAUGGAUUGAUAGAUGAAGCCUACCAAAACCUUACCCUGGCGGAAAGCUGGAGGUAUGGAGAACAAACUGCUGCUCAGAAUGAUGAGCUGAAACUCAUUCAAGCUUACAAGGGUCUCCUGGACUACUAUAACUGGUCUAAGAAGAGAGAAGCCAUGUUAGAGCUUGAUGAAGAAAAUUUUACAGACUCCUCUGAACAAGAAAUGCACAACUUUUUUCGGCAAGCAGCAGUGAAUCUUAAGGAGAUAAUUAAAAUACCUGGAGUUUGGGAUCCUUUCGUGGUGUCCUAUGUGGAUCUUUUGGAAUUUUAUGGAGAUUUUGAUGAAGCCCGGGAAGUCUUAACUGAAUAUGCCUACAACUCCAAGUUUCCUCCCAAUCCCAAUGCUCAUGCUUACCUCUAUCAUUUCCUAAAGAGACGGGGCGAAUCCAAAAAAUCACUGGUAUCUGUUCUCAAGAUUUUGCACAAGACCGUUCCCUCUCAUGAACUAAUGUUAGAAUUUUAUACCAUGCUUAAAAAAUCAAAAAAAGAUAAAAAACGUCGAUUGGGGCUGGAAGUUAUUUUUGAAGUUCUGGAUUUUGCUGGCUGGAAGGAAAAUGUAAAGGCUUGGAGUUGUUUAGCGGAACAGAUUAAACAGAUCCUGGACAACUCUAACAAGCAUCUUGACUGGGUAAAGGAGGAAUGGAACUCCAGAAAGGACUGGUGGCCAGCCUUUCACUUUAGCCACUAUUUGGCUAAAAGAAAUUGGCAGGAAAAUGAAAAACUUGCUUAUGAAAAAGCAUUGCUGGCUGGAAUCUUAUUGGGAAAAGAUUGCAAAUAUUAUAAAUAUGUUUUACACCAGGGCUGCAAAGCCAAGAAGAAAAGGUUUCAGACACUGAAGAAAUUUGUGAAGAAACACAAUUCUGCCUAUUUGAGAAUAACUGCCUGUUCAGAUUCUUCCACACACCUUUGAUUUUAUUUAUUUAUUUUAACAAGAUGUAUUUCAGGACUUCUUAAAAAAAAAAAAAAAAAAAAAAAAAGAUGGUGCUAAAUUAGUUUCCCAGUUUCUGAAAAGCUUUUCUUUAAAGACUCCUGCGACACAGAUUGUGAAUCUGCACUGCUACUUCAGGAUUUGACUUUCUGUGCAUUGCUAGCCAGUCUUUGGUUUGUAUUUUUAUUUAUAAAUACAAGGAACAUACUGUACAUCUUUUGAUAUAGGAAUCUGCUUUUUUUAACAUUUGUAUCUUGUUUGCUUAUUAAACCUGACACAAGCAAAGCUGCUGAUUCCUUUUCAGAAUCGUUUAAUAGCCAGUGUACUUGUAAGUCACUAAUGAUCAAGAACAGUUGACUUAAAUAGGAGCAGGAGCAAGGCCAUAAUAGUUUGGCCACAACUGGAGCAUUCUGUGGCCAUGUCUAAAAGUUCGGAGAACCCAGGAUGUGGUGGGAGGUGUGUACUCUGGCCUCUCUUAGCAGUCAGUUGAGCUUGGGUACACACACAGUGAGCACGUCUACAUGUUCGUUAAUAUGCUAUAAUCUCAGCACAUUCAGUUCGGUUCCUGUUAUAACAGGUAUUAAUGCGCCGUAAUCAGCGCUACUGCACAAUUAACGCAGAUGAAUGCUUUUGUGUGACGCUUAAUGUGCAUUGGAUUAAAGCUACUGUCCAAUGGCAUAGUUUUUGCCAGCCGUACUAAUGUGCAGUACAAUUAGUCCAAGGCACAUGAAGCGUCUCUUGUAGAUGCGCCCAGUGGAAACAAGCGGGGGACUUGUUUCUUGGCAUCAGUCCCAAGCUCAUCAGGGAAACUAUAGAUGUGGCCUUAAAUCCUAUAUUUCCAAACGUAUCUUUCACCUCCUCUAACUUUUAAGACAGUCAGAAAUGCUGUUUGAGAAAUACUUGGACAAAUAAGCAAGACAAAAUGUUGCUAAUUCACAUUUUAGAAAUUCUUCCCCUGGAGUUGGUUGCUAAAAUAUUGUAGGAUGGAAACUAUGUUAAUGAUGGCUUAUGAUACACUGCAAAUCGCACUCAACUAGCUGCCAAACUGCUGGAGUGACUGAGUAGCAGACAGCUACCUAAAGUGUCUAGAAAAUCAGGGUUGAGCCAAGAAUGUGGAAAAAAAUCUGUGAGAAACCCUGACUUAAUUUUCCAUUGUGGAAUAUCUGUUAAAUUAAAAUGCAUUAGAUGUAACUGUAGAGUUUGGCUUCCCCUCAACAUGGUUGAUAUAUGUAGAAAAAAUAAAUGUGGUUUAUUUCCCAGAACAUAAUCCUACAAAUUAGCAUGGACUGUGCAAACCUGCUACAUUGCAGAAAAUGGCUGCAUGGUUGGAAAAGACUUACCAGUCACCACAUUGCUUCAGCUGCUGGUGCAGUGGACCUAGGAUUAUGGACUUUUUUCCUCUUUGAGGAAAUCCUCUUCACAGAGAGCAAGAAGUGCAUCUGUAUAUGAAUUCUCUUCUUAGCAGAAGAAACUUUUUAGUACCUGGUUGCCAUUCUGGUCAUGAAAAAGUUGAAACUUAGCAUAUUGCUAUUUUUAAGACCUAACUGUUACUGUGUGUGGUCACAAAACACUUAGAAGUUCACAAUUUCCAAAUAUUUAUGUAUGUUUAAACUUAAGAAAUUACUUAUGUUUGUUGCUUAGAACUGCGUUAGCAAUUUGCAGUAUAGUUUUCCUACAUAACAGGGGGGGAAUAUAUAACCACUGAGGUAAAAUGAAGUAUCUCUUUACCAACAUAAUAAAUUAAUAAGGCUAGAACAGGGAUGGCUAACCUGUGGCAUGAGUGCCACGAGUGGUACAGGCAACCUCUGUGUGGUACGUGGCAGGUUAGGGAAGGAAGGGGAAGGCAGCACAGCAGCAGGUAGUGUGGGGAGCAGAAAGCAGAGCAGCAGAUUUGAACUGGGGAAGGGGGCUGGAGUGGCACCCAAGCAUGGCACGGGGCUUUUAUUUAUGGCCUGCCUGCAAAAAGGUUGCUUCCCCCCACCCCCGGGCUAGAGUAGCGUGUCCAACCAAAACUGCAUUUUGAGUGUAGGUAGGCAAAAUGUAAGUUGGUGGACUAUGUCCCAAAUUAAUACUGCUCCUUGAAAUCUAUUUAAUAAUGUGAAGUAAUCGCCACCUUGGUUUUACGUUUCAUUUGAAGACCAGCAGUUUGUCCAAUCCCACACUGAACUGAGCUCUGGUUUGGUUCUGACUCAGCAGUAAUAAUGCCAAGUUUGCUCAGAAGUCAUUGAUGAAAGCUGACACUUGUAUACAGUCAGCCCCAUUAGGCCCUCACUAAAAGUCUACCUAGCUGUCUCUGCUAGAGGGAACUACUUGCUAUUCAAAAUUAUCAGAUGUUUUAAUUUUUCCUCAGAAAUCAUGCCAUCAGUAGUCAAGGUAGGUUGGCAGAAAAAUGAGUGAGCAAAAUUCCCUCUCUCUCUUUUCCCCCCCCCCUUCAGAAUCUCAUCAGAAUUGCAUGUUUCAGAUUGUGUCCUUCUGGGGUGGUCUACAGAAGUCUUUAUCUUUAGCUGGAGAAAUGCAUACUUUUACAGCUGUUGUGAGUCCACUCAGGAAAUGUGAAAGAGCAGUGAAAAGUGGGAUGGAGGUGAGGAGAACAAGAGAGCCUAAGGGAGUUUGCCUUUGGAGAAAGUGGUGUAGCUACUUCAUGCAUUUGGUACAGAUGCAGGCAGUUUGUUCUCAGAACUGAGUUAUAGAAGUGGCUUACUUGUCACCGCUACACUGUCCUACCCUGUGCUGAUACCAUAGGAUGCAAUCCCCAUUACUUGAUACCUUCCUAGUCGCUUCCUCAGAUAUUCCUUUCUUAGUAAAAAUGCAGGCAGGGGCCUGAAUCCCAUCUCCCGUAUACCUGUGUGAACCUUGAAUAACUAUGCUACAGCCAUUAAAAUUACACCACUAAACCAGAGACUGAGUAGACCAUCUGGCUUCCUUCCUCUGUUCCUAUACUGUUUGAACUUGAUUUUGAUUGUAAUAUAUAGAACUUCAAUAAAGGUGCACUAUGUACAUGGAAAACAUUGAAACCUUUCACCUUCAUCAAUAACUCUCACUGUUGCUACAUGCACUCUGUAUCUGUCCAUUGUAGGUAUUUUUGUAAAGUGCUAGUUUAUGUUUUCCUUAAUAAAGACAUGUCUAACUCUUA